UUAGCGGAGUUCGCCAUGCAACAAAUCGCUCGCAAGCCUGCUCACCUGCUGCCGGACAAAGAGAAAUUCCUGCAGGAGCUAUACUCGACUGUUGCUCUGGCUUUCCUGGAUCAGAAACGAGUCGCAGAAAGCAUGAGCGAAGCGGAUCGCGAAAAGAAAGCAUUCCUCAUGCUUGGCAUUGCACUGUCAAGGGAACCGAGCAAAGAUUCGCUGUGGCGGGCCAGGCCUAUGGCGCCUCAUACUGAUGUCAAGACUCGCUUACGCAACCUCGAGCGCUCUGUGGCCCUAGCUGAGCGUGCGUCCGAACGCUGCUACAUCCUGCACGAGCUAGCUCGCCUCUAUGCUGACACCAAGAAGGCACAGAAAGCUAGAUAUUAUUCUACCAAGUGCCAAGCAGAAGCCCGAUCGGCAGGCCAAAGCGUGUGGCUCCUCAACGCCACCUUCCUUCUGGCAAGAUGCCACGUCCUCCAAAACAAUAGACCUGACGCUCGAGCCGCGCUACUAGAAGGCGCUUCCUUGGCUCGAUCCUUUGGAUAUGGCGAUGUCUCCGAAUUCUUUGACACAUGCGCCAACGUGUCAACCGAAGGGGAAAUCCUGCUCUCUGAGGAGCCGCUAACUAAAAGAGAGAAGGACAUGGUGAGCCUCAUGCAGGACGAUGACUUAAAGUCCGCCGCCGAACAUCUGUUCAGGAGGAUGUCUACAGUUCCCGUUGCCAGGCGCUUCUCAAUAAUGCCCGGCGCGCGCAUGGAGGCUGCGCCGGCGCCGACGACGAGCGGGCGGCGCGCAUCAAUCCUGCCUCGGGCGCAACCCGCCGUGCGACACUACAAGAUCUCGCACCCUCUCGGCUUCCAAGAUUUCGACAAUUAAUUUUGUUUUCCAAAAUGAUUUGUUUUUUUUUGGUAAUCACCGGUUUGGUUUACUUAAAUACUUAAAUUAUUUUUAGCGUUCAUAUGGACACGUUGAUCUUGGCGUGCAUCAAUCCUGCCUCGGGUGCAACCCGCCGUACGACACUACAAGAUCUCGCACCCACUCGGGUUCCAAUACUUCGACAGUUGAUUUUGCUUUUAAAAAAGAACUAUGUACACCUACAUACAAAUAUUAUGUACAGCUCUCCGGGAAGCAGUAGGCUGAUUUCAAGGACUUCCAUUAUUUGCUAAGAUCCUGAAAAUCCACUUUCGCUCCGCUCACUUUCAUAACGUUCCUCAUACCUAAGUACAUAACUUGUAUAUAAUUCUUAAACAAUAUAUUGUGUGAUUCUUUAACAAGUUAUUGUGCGGUUUAAAUUAUUUUGAAAGUUUACAUUUUUAAUUUUAAUUUAAUAUGAAAUCAAAAUGUAAAAAUAUUCUUUCAAAUCAUAAACUUUGUAAAUUUUAUUA